AUGGAGCAAGUUGGUGAGCUUUUCCCUGAACUUUCAAAGCUCAUAGUGAAACACAAUAAAAUUAUAUUGAAGUCGUUUGACUUCAUUGCCACAUCACGGCAGCUUUUAAUUUUUAUCGAGUAUGACAUCCCAGCAGGAAAAUUUUACAAACUGAAAUGUUUGACAACAUUUCAGAAAAAUGAACUGUGA